AUCAUUAGGAGGCGUGUUCACACUGCGUUUGGGACCUUGCUGCAUUUAUUUACUUUAUGAACAAAGACACGCCUUAUCUCCAUGUGGUUAAGUUGAAGGAGGAAGCGGCAUUGUGUUCCUGUCAGUUUAGCAGCUUUUUGAUGCAGCGGUCGCUUGUUGAAACGUUAACUGUACAAGCCAUUUCCCCUUAAUCCGCUUUGCCAACGAAACGCCUUAGUGCAGUAAUUGUGCGAAAAUAUAUUUGAAUCGCUUUGAAUGAAGGUCACUGUGAAACAUUUCUGGCUCCUAUUUAUGUUAAUUUCCGCCGUAUUGUGAGUCCACCGUAAACCUUAAAAAGAAAGACAGAUGACCUCCAUUUACGAAGAUAAGGACCCUAGCGCUUUAGAGUUAGCGGAGGAACUCAGCCAGGUGAACUGCCAAGAUGAGCUGGACUUCGACUACCUGUUCGAGUACGAUCCACCUUGCAACGAUUUUCCCGCGGAAGAUCAAGAUGAGCAGAGUCUGUCCUCGCACAAAGCCGUCGGCGCCCCCGUGGGCGCGGCCUACCCCCUCGAGGAAGUCGCCCCCUACGGGAUCAAGUCCUGCCCGUCCCCCUACGACGAGCCGCCCCCGGAGGGCCUGGGGGGUUACGAGCACCUGGACGGCAAGAGGUACCUGGAGCACCCCAGGGCGGGCGGCCCCGGAACCCUGAGCCCCCGGAUAAAGAUCACCCCGUCCCGCGAGCUGUACACCCACGGGCAGGACUCCCUCCAGACGCACCCCCUGGGCAUCGGGCCCCGGACUCUGGCCGUGCCAGGUCAGGACAGCCUGGCGUACCGCGAGCCGCAGUGCCUGAGCCCGGCCAGCAGCAACUCCUCCACCAGCUGGCACUCGGAGAGCUACUCCCCCUGGGCCUCCCCCUGCGUCUCCCCUAGCAACGGCCAGGCCACGACCGGCGACCUCUGCCCCCGCUUUCAGAACAUUCACGCCGGCUCCUCGUCGUCCCCCCGCACCUCGCCGGGGGCCUCGCCCCACGACAGCGCGACGGACGAGGGUUGCCUGGCGCCCCACUCGCCGUCGCCCCGCCCCGGAUCGCGCUCCACCUCCCCGCAGGGCAAGCGCACCUACGACAUGUACCGCAACCCGGGCCUCGCCCCCGCCCGGCACCGCUCCCGGAGCCCCUCCCCCCACUCCGCCCACGAUGAGCGCCAGGGCGGGAUCUACGGCCCCGGCCCCUGCCCCAGCGUACCCGGCGUACCCGGUGUGCCCGGCGUGCCCUGCGUGCCCGACUCCCUCAACGGCUUCUGCGGCGUGCCGGGGUCGGUCCCCACCAAGAUCGUGAAGACCGCCAGCCCCGCCUACUCGCUGUACCUGGACAGCCAACCGGAGGGCUACCUGUUCUCCUGCGACCAGGACAUGAAGAGCAAGCAGCCCGGGGCGGAGUCCUUCUUUGUCAUCCCGCCCAUCUGGCCCAAGCAGCUGGUCCCUGGCAUCUGCAGCAUUCCGGUGGCCUCUCUGCCCCCUCUGGAGUGGCCCUUGCCCAAGCGCACUGACCAGUACGAGCUCCACAUCGACGUGCAGCCCAAACCCCACCACCGCGCCCACUACGAGACCGAGGGCAGCCGGGGCGCGGUCAAGGCCGCUAACGGCGGUCACCCCGUGGUCCAGCUGCAUGGCUACAGGGGCAAGGAGCCGCUGGGCCUUCAGAUUUUCAUCGGCACGGCCGACGAGAGGAUCCUCAAGCCCCACGCCUUCUACCAGGUCCACCGCAUCACCGGCAAGACCGUCACCACCACCAGCUACGAGAAGAUCAUCAACAGCACCAAAGUCCUGGAGAUUCCCCUGGAGCCCAAGAACAACAUGAAAGCCAUGAUUGACUGCGCAGGGAUUCUGAAGCUGCGCAACGCUGACAUCGAGCUGAGGAAAGGGGAGACGGACAUCGGGCGCAAGAACACGCGUGUGCGCCUGGUGUUCCGUGUUCACAUACCCCAGCCUGGAGGGCAGCACGUUUCCCUGCAGGUGGCCUCUCAUCCCAUUGAGUGCUCCCAGAGAUCAGCACAUGAGCUCCCAAUGGUGGAGAAGCAGGACGUGGACAGCUGUUCAGCGCUGGGUGGGCAACAGAUGAUCCUCACGGGCCAGAACUUCACGUCCGACUCCAAGGUUGUCUUCACCGAGAAGACGCACGAUGGACAGCAGAUCUGGGAGGCGGAGGCUACGGUUGACAAAGACAAAAGCCAAUCUAGCAUGUUGUUUGUGGAGAUCCCAUCGUAUCGAGACCCCUCCAUCUGCCACUCGGCCAAAGUUAACUUCUAUGUGAUCAACGGGAAGAGGAAGCGCAGCCAACCCCAACACUUCACCUACACUCCUCUGGCAGUUCCUUCCAUUAAAACUGAACCCGUGGACGACUACGAGGCGGGCCAGAUGGGCUUCCCCAUGCCCCAGGUCCUGGGGGUGUCGCCCCAGCAGUACUACCACGCCCCCCACGGCCCCCGCGCCCUGCUGAACCCCGACAGCUGCCUGGUGGGCGCCAUGGCGCCCUGUCAGCAGGCGCUCCCGGGCCUGGUGGGCCCCGAACCUCGCUUCCAGCAGCAGAGCCCCGCCAUCGUGUACCCCCGGGGCCCCCGGGGCCCGAGCGCCAGCCCCGCGCUCUACCCCCAGCCGAGCGGGGCCAUCCCCGUGCCCGACCCCCACCGCUCCGUGCUGGUCCACACAGGGUCCCCCGCGGGGCCGCCCACCUCCUCCCCCGGGGGCCACCCCUCCAUCAUCCAGUUCUCCCCCACCAACCACCUCCUCCGGGGCGCCGCCCCCCCUCCCAUGUCUGACCACCAUAUGUACUACCCCCAGCAGGGGGCGCCCUCCGCCCGCUCCCCGGCCCCUGCCCAGCACUACCCCACUGUCAUCCAGCAGCAGCCCUACGCCCAAAAGGGGGCCAAGAGCCGGUCUCCGCCCCCGGAGGACCAGAGGGUGGGCGGGGUGCCUGCCCGGGUCACAGUGAAGCAGGAGAACCUGGACCAGGCCUACCUGGAUGAUGUUAACGAAAUCAUACGGCAGGAUUUGACCGGAGUUCACGUCCAGGGCCAGACAUAAAGGGACGAGCCUCGGAGCCGCCACGCCCGCCCCGCCCGCCCCGACCCGCCCCCUCCUCUUCUUCAGCUCCGGCCGCGCUCAGCUUGGCCCGAGCUUCCGCCGCAAGCGCCAAAGACCUGCUAGCCCCUCGGCACCUGCCUCGCUUUAUAGCCACGCCCCCUCUGCCUCGAUGCCUCGUGGACCAAAGCCUUUAUGCCGUUUUUAAACUGUGAUGAAAACAAACACAAAGAUGCCUUGUUCAAUAGACUCGCGGGCCACAGACAAGUGAAAUGAAUUUGUAAGUCGGACUGCUGUGUUCUCAAGCUUCUUACCUUGUUAAAGGAAAGAGCUUAGGGUGAAUCACUCAUUAAAACCAUCUUGGCAGUUAAGCCAUGCUAUCUGGGGUAAACAAGAAAGUGUACAGCAUCGGCCAGCUUAACAGAAUUCAGCGUGUAUUGUGUAUAGCCACACCAGCUCAUGGCCUGUCUCCGCCCACUUCGCUGUUUUAAAAGAUUCUAAUUGGGGUUGAGACCAAAGGAAAAAAAAUGGACCAAGUCACUGUGACAUCACCCAUUGACUUUCCAUGGGCUUUGUGAAAACUGUGGAAGUGCAGUUUUUGGCGGCACCAUGUUGUACAAAUUGGAGCCAGAGACUGUGCAGUAAAAGGGGGACCCUUAUGUCACUGCAAGAUGCAGUGACACAACCUGGCCCUGAUUUGUCCACAAAAUCUUACGUAUUAUUACCAUUGCCUUACAUUGAAACAGGUGGCUGAGACACCUAUACUAGAGCCAGCCGCACUGGUGCUAGUGAGCUAGUGAGCAACGUCACUGAACCAGGAAAUGAGCUUCAGAAACGAAACCCAAUUUUGGCCACUUGGUCAAGAUUAAGAGCACAGAGGGGAGGGGGAAGGUGGGAGGGGCAAUAGAACCAGAAUGUAUCAUAAACAGGCCUGUCAAAAAAAGAAAAGCAAGUUACUUUUAAUCGUCGCACGUCCUCUCUGUCACUCAACCGCAGGCGGUUUGAAAUCAGCUGGGUAAUUUUUGCAGUCGACUUGAAUGCAUAAUACUUACCCACCAGUCAAGAAGAGGGGUGGAGAUGGGCUGUUAGAUUGCUUAAGUAGAUACACACAUGCUUCUACAUCACGGAUGUGUGUUCGGCUCCAGGCGAUACCAAACGAAACUCUUCACCCUUUGGGUGGCAGUGCAUGACUCUUGUUUUGCACUAAAUGCAGUGGCAGGGCUUAAUUAGUUUUUAUUUUAUUUUUUAUUUUUAGUUUUUUUUACAGUCGGACUAAUGUGAUGUAUCAAAUGCAGAUGUGAUACUCAACAAAAUGGGAUUUAGUGUUUAUUACCCAUUUAAUCACCAACCCUCCCCUUUAAGACAUGACAUACAAUUUUCUGAUCAUGAUGAUUCCACUCCCAUUGUUUUUGUCAAAUGCUCAUGGCCCCCUCAGCUAUAUCAUAAUGCAGUUUCAUUAAUAUUCACUAUUAAAAUGACUUGAGAUGCAUACUUUUGUCCUGCUAUAGUUCUUAACUUUUCAAAUUCAUCAGCUAGUUGAGAGAAUAAUGAUUCUGACACAAGAAGCUAUCCAGUUGAGCUUACUGUUAAGGGAGCAUGACACGAUGACAUGAUGAAAAAUAAACACUGAAUCGUGGCCUGGCUGAAAUGUCAGAGACCUCAGCCAUAACUUUUGUGAAAUGGAGUUAAAAGAAUCUGACGUGCGGAUGAACACUGUUGUUAAUGGACUGAGUGAAGAAGAGCUAAGUAGAUAAUCGACCCACUCAGGGCCCUGAUUACCAGCUCGGAAAUGCAGGCUAGGGGAAUUGUUGAGGGGAAAAGCUUCGCCAUCGUACUCCGCACGCUGCAUAUUACUCAGCGAAUUGACUGUCAUAAAGGUCAAAAUUCUUUUAUCGCUGAGCAAGUCAAGUUACUGCAGGUGUAGGCCUAUUGAUGGUUUUUUGUCCCUGCCAUGGAAUUGAUGUGGCUUCGCAUUGUAUGGGAUUUAGUUUGGUUAUGCCUCGUUUAGUGCUUGCUAAAUACUCUGGGACAUUUAUGGCGUGUGAAAGGGUCAAGCUGAUUUUGUUUUUCCUAUUAUGUUUUCAUAAAGCGCUCUGACAAGCAGAAAAAAAUAAAUACUUCAAGCUUUUCUUCAGCAACAUUCAGCAAGGAGAGAUGGCAGGAGUAAACCUUUGCCAUUUUUUGUUUACACUUUAGCAUUAUAUGUAGGGUAUUGAAUUGCAGACGUGCGCUAAAUUGGCAUGAGGUUCUUAAGGGGUUAGCUCAUUACAAUUGCACCAUUGAACUGCAAUAAUUCAGAUUCAACGUAUGAAACCUGUCCCUGUAGAUAUCUGUUACGAGGAGAGUGUUCCAUGGCCCACAAAUAGUUUUAAGCUCAGGUGUACAUUUGAUUUAUGCUUAAAUGAAACGUCCAGUGUCCUUGGAUUAUCUCAGUUGCCUCAGCUUUGACAUCUUAGACAUUGUGAUUGUAGUCGGUCUCCCCAGCUAAAGCGCAGCAUUCUUUCGGUGUCACUGCGACGCUGUUGUGUAUUGAUUGCAAUGUUGCACUGGCAGUAGGAGAGGACUACGGUUUGGCAGGGUAUGCAGUUGGAUCUGAAGAUGCUUCUGAUUGGCUCGCCAGAUCCUUCUGUUUGGAGACCUACCUUUCCAAUUAACUGGAGCGACACAGAACUGUCGCGGGAAUUAGAUAACCAAACUUUCCAACGUAGAUUAGCUCAUUUCCUAAUCACACUCCACAUUCCUGUUUCUAACGGCAAAUUGAUGCUGAGAAUUGUUAAAUAUGUUGUGUUGGUUGUACAGUAUCUAGCAGCAAUCCUGCUACCUUGUGGUCAUGUUAUAUCAUGACAAAUUAUAUAUCGUUUCUAACAAGUGCAAAAUGAAUACCAAAAAUAUAUAGUGCUUUAAUAAGACGGAACCAUAUUUUGUUAAAUUGCUUUAUCGUGAAUAUCUACCAUGUUUGCUCUUUUGAAUGGCUUUUGAAUUUUUUCCUUAUCAUGCAUUGAAUGCAUUACUUUUUAUUUAGAUUUUAAGAACAUUUAUGAUGAGCUGUUGAAGAUUAGUUUUGAAGAAAGAGGACUACCAAAGAUUGUAAUACGUUUUUAUAAAAAAAAAUCUUAAUUUAUUUUUUAAUAUUGUUUCAAACAUUGCUCCUGAAUAAUGUCUUUCUCAAGUCUGUGCGUGGCUGUUUUGCCUUCUUGUAACUAGUGCGAUGUGUAUCAUAAAAUUCUUACGUGCUGCAGUUUGGCUCGCUAAGGCCUCAUAUCAAUGUUCAGGACAACUUUAUCCGUCCUUUGCUUUUAUUAGGUGAUCGUAGAAAAAAAAAAUCUGACUGCUAAUUCUCAGUUUGUAACCCAAAUUCAUAAGUGUGUUUUUACGAAGCAUGGGUAUUGGCCCUUUUUGCGCUCGGUGAAUAUCUGAUUUCCUUUCCUUUUCUUGGUGGUGCUCAGCAGCAGGUUUGUCGGCUCUCUGUAAACCACUAGGAGUGAAUCCUACAUUGGCUCAAUCAAGGCUAUGGUCAGCGGAGCCGCUCGCUGGCAUAGACACUAUGCAGUCGUUUAGGGCCACGAACAUCCCUGGGCCACACAUUUCAAUUUUUUAAAUAAAUGUGAUUUAUUGAUUUCUGUUGGGGCACUUUGGGACCACAACAGUUUUCUUGUUUAGGGCCACCGAAACCCUAGGGCCGGCUCUGAUGGUCCGUUUAAUUGGGUGUUCAGCCUGGCUAGAACAAAAGCCAGCGAGAUCCGCCUUGACCAGGUUUAAGUUGAGAUGGUUUAGCUUACCAGUGAAACAGCUUUGCACCCAAAAAUGACUCUUGAAAACGGCCCAGAGGAAGACGUGCGGUUUUCUAUAAAAACAUAAAUAUUUUACCCCGAUGACAAUCAUAACUGGAAUAAUAGUGAUAACUGGUAGCCUAGUUUCCGCUGACUCUUUGCCUUUAACCGAUUAAAUUUAAUUCGUCUAAAUAUGUACAGUGUUGCCUGUGUGUAAUAAAUGCAUUUGUAUGCUAAUACUUUCUAAAUUUCCUGUGCCAAUUAGUUUGCUGUUCUGAAUAUAUGGUGUUAUUACCACCAUAUUUCCAGGUAAUGAUGUCCUUUGCACUGUCAGUUGAUUUUGAUAUAUGGAUACAAUGUUAACGCCUUCAUGAUACUAUAGCCUUAUGCAAUGAGGUCCGAGACUUUUGGUUGGUAGAACACAAGUAAAUUUGAAUAAGGUUUUAAAAUCUGCUGAAAUUGUUUGGAAGCAGGUAUUUUCAUUCUUUCUAAAGUACACUUUCUAUAAUAUAUUGGUUGUAUAUAAAUUAUAUAUAUCAUUUUUAAUCUUAUCUGAGAAACAUUUUUUUUCCUUUUUAAGUGUGGCUGUACCUUUGUUUAUUAGAUUGAUUAUUAUCAAGCUCUCGCCUAUAUCAAGAGACUGAAGUCAAGGAUUCCAAUUUUUCAAUCUCCUGCAUUAAUGGUUUUUUAUAUUUGGAAGUGCAUUGUAAACUGGCAGUUUGAAAAAUACAUGUGCAUCUCAAAGUCCUUGAUUAAAAACAAAUAGUGUCUUUCCUUUGAGUUACUGCCACAAUGUAUACAGCAUUGACUUUAAUAUUUCAACCCCAGGCUGAAUGUAGACCGUUUUCAAAAUGUAUUUCCCCUUACUGUAAAUAGACAACUGCUUAAUCUUGUAAAAAAUAAAAAAUAAAAACAUUCCUGUCCCUUUUUUAAAAGUAGAAGAAAUAUUCGAUAUUAUUUGAUUUUGAUAUUAUGAACUGCAUCAGUUGUUAUCUGCCAUCCUUUUGAUAACCCAAGGCCAUAUUAAUAUAUUAAAAAGCCAAAGCUAUAAAUCUGUAGAAACAUUGUACUCUACUACUGUAAUAUUAA